AUGAAAUUAAAACUAUUUGUAUAUUUUUUGCAGGUGAGCUCGGUACUGCUCUAUGGCAUACCCAUUGUAUCCUUGUACAUCGAAGGACAGGAACGUCUCUGCUUGGCGCAGAUCUCGAACACACUUCUCAAACAGUUCAGCUACAAUGAGAUUCACAAUCGACGCGUUGCACUUGGCAUAACCUGCGUGCAAUGCACUCCAGUCCAGUUGGAAAUACUGAGACGGGCCGGAGCGAUGCCGGUGAGUUCACGGCGAUGCGGAAUGAUAACACGCCGAGAAGCCGAAAGGCUGUGCAAAAGCUUUUUGGGAGAUAAUACGCCGCCGAGAUUACCGGACGACUUUGCGUUUAACGUACAGCAUAAAUGCGCCUGGGGCUGCCGUGGGUCGUUUUUGCCCGCACGCUAUAAUUCCUCACGUGCCAAAUGCAUCAAGUGUACCUAUUGUGGAAUGUUCUUUUCGCCAAACAAAUUCAUUUUCCACUCGCAUCGUAUAACGACCAACGACCGAUAUAUCCAACCCGACGCGGCCAAUUUCAAUUCCUGGCGUCGGCACAUGACGCUCAGUUCUCAUGCGCAGGACGAGAAAAUUAUUCAUGCUUGGGAGGAUGUGAAGGCCAUGUUUAACGGCGGCACACGGAAGCGACUUGUUGGCUGCAAUAAUAAUAAUCGAAGUCAGAGUUCGCCUGGCAGCGCAGCCUAUGCAGUUGAGGAAAAUGCGUGCGAUUCGCGGUCUCCGGUAAGUUGUGAAACCGACGCCAAGCCCCGAUCCCUGCAUGAGGAGACACUGUGCUCGAAGCGAACCCUGAACCAUCAGCAAUACAACUAUAGCACAGUUGCGGCUGCCGCUGCCGUGGUGGGCGUUACCGCAGUAGCUGCCACCGUGGGCGUGCCCUUCAAUUUGCACCGGUCGUCGGUGCUGUCCCCGCUCCAAUCGCUGCGCAACGAGCACGACCUGUCGAUUGUGCCGCUUUCGAGGAAUUUCGUUGUCGAUUACACGAUGUGGCAGCAACAAAACCAAACGCAUUCGAAAAAAAUGAGCGGCAGCGAGGCAACGAACGGAUCGGCCUGUCCAAUGCCAUGGAUUAGACCCGAUUUAAAUGUCUUAUCGUCAGCUGGGAAUGCACUUCCAUUGAAUGUUAUCAAAAACGAGCCACGAUCCGCCGCCAGCUAUGCUGGGAUUAAGAAUCGUAAAGUCGCCGAUGGCGAUCCGUCGGAUUUCAAUAUGUCGUCGAUAUUGAGUUCUUCUGCAUUCAAGCCCGUUGUCGCCUCCGCAUCCAUUAUGUCCACCUCGCUAUAUGCCACGCGCUCCAAUGAUUCGAUUAGCAACGUUUACAUAAGUCCAUCGCAAUCGACGAGAACAACCACAGUAUUCACCCAUAACAGCAUUACGGCAGCCGCAACCCAACGAUUACCCUCGGAGGCGAUACUUAACACGGCUACGUGUGCUUUUCCGCCCAUCCUGAACUCGAUCCAACUCAGCGCAGAAAGUGAGCAGCCGGACUUUGCACUUGCAAUUGAUAAUAACAAUGAACUCUCAUCAGCUUUGACUGCGGAACACUUGAACAAGUCAACGUUGUCGGAUCCAAUAUACAUCAACACGAGUAUUUGUCGGAAUCCUGAAGCCGAUGAUGACAAUGAUGGUGAUGAUGAUGACGAAGUGGUCGAUAUUGAAACGACGGAAGACGAUCUGCAAACAAUAAAUGAUUCUCGCAACCUAUUUGCGCACUCACCCAAUGAUAUCUCAUCGCUCAGUGCAAGCCAUUCACAUUCCGGCAGCCCCAACGACGAUGUCGAUGUGGAUGGCAUUACAACAGAUGUCGAAGACCAAUUUGAUUUCAAAUCAAACAAUUGCUCAUACAACAUUAACAUUAGCCGCUCAAAUUUGUAUGUUCAUCACACUACUGAAAAGGACAAAGUUUCAUCCCUGGGCAUGAAUACAGAAGAAGAAGAGAUACGUACAAAUCAUUUAAAAAAUAAUGAGGACGCAAAUGGAUUAAAAAGAUUUUCCCGGCGAAAGUGCUCAAAUCAACAAACCCAACGUCAAUAUCUAAAAAAGAAUGGACCCACUCUUGACACCGAUAAAUUAUUUUCGACCCAACCUAGUCUACAUAUUCCCCAGCGGGUCACUUUUCCGGUAUUCCUAAGGUCCCAUCUAAAUUCUUUUCGACAGCGCCACCACCGUCAGCCGAGCCCCAAUACACCAAGACAAUUAUAUUGCUGUGAUACAACAGCGAGAACUAAUGAGAAUGGUUUUGAAUAAAAUAAUUUCGUUAAAGUAAAUCAAAAAAUUACAAAUCGAACAUGUAAUCCGAUUGUAACGUUUAAGGUCCAAUA